AUGGCAGAUGGACGUAGAUCUGUUUCGAAGACGACAAAGGAAGAAGAGGAACAGAAACAAGAAAAGCCUGACCUUGAAAAAUUCAUGGAGUUUAUAUUAACAAAAAUGGAAGAAAAUAAUGAUGAGACUAGUAAAAAAGCAGAAGAAAAUAGUCAAAGGGUAGAAGAAAAAUUAGAAGAAAAUAGUCAAAAAACAGAAGAAAAUAAUAAAUCAUUAGAGCAAAAAUUAGAAGAAAAUAGUCGAAAAACAGAAGAAAAUAAUAAAUCAUUAGAGCAGAAAUUAGUAGAAAAUAGUCAAAAAGUAGAAGACAAGUUAGAAGAAAAUAACAGAAAAGCAGAAGAAAAUAGUCAGAGGUUGGAAAAGAAACUUGAAGAGAACAUUAAAAGAAUAGAAGAACAAAUGGAACAGAGAAUAAAUAAGAGUAUUGGAGAAGUGAAAAUGUUGUACGGAGAGAUCAUGAGUAAACAUGAAAAUUUAGAAACUAAAUUAACUGUUGAAAAUCAGGAGAUAAAAACACAAAUACAACAGCAUAAAGAAAGAAUAAAUAUAGUAGAAGAAGAUAUAGAAAAGGAAGCAGAGUGGACGAACAGAAGAUUCAUCAUGGUAGAUGAAAACAUAAAUCAAAUCAAGAAAGAUCAGAAAACAUCCAAGGAAAAGGAGGAUCAAUUGGAGAAUAAAUUUAAGUUUGAAGUAAAAGAAGUUAAACAAGAGAUAGAAAAGAUGGAGAAGAAGAUUAGGAAUACAACAAAAGGAACAAUAGUCCAUACUAUAGAAACAUCGGAGAACAGAAUUUAUUUUAAUGGGGACUAUAAAUCUCAACAUCCAGUACCAUUUAUUCUAUCUGAAAUAAAGUUUAUUGAUAGUAUGGCUCCAUCCAUAUUUAAAGUUGAACAUUUGCUUCCUGAAGAAUUAGACUAUGAGUUAAAAGUUAGAGGACUUGAGAUACCAUCUACUGUUGAGUUAAAAAUGUCAACUUUGGGGGGAGUAAUACAUCUAGAAGUUACUAAUAGGAGUGUCUUAGAUACAACUGUUAUGAUGGACUUUAAGCAAGAGGAAGCCGCCAUUCAGAUGAUUUUUCUGGAAAUACUAGCUCCAAUAGUUAUGCAAAACUCUUAUCUAGGAUUUCACAUGUAA